UAUUUUAUGUGAUUUAAUAAUUUUGAUGUGAAUUUAAAUUAAUUAAUAUAUAACAAUGUCGUGGAAAGUUUUUCGUUUCUUAACCUCAAUCAACAUAUGUCAAAGAUUUGAUACGUAUAAAGUUGCAUUAAUAGGAGUACAAAGGAGAGAAAAACGUAACUUUAAUAAAUUGGUUUAUGUAGCACCUGCUGCUAUGGGGCUUUGGAUUUUUCAAUCUGCCGAUGAAAAAGAUAAAGAUAAAAGUGAAAAUAAUAAAAAUAAUAAUAACAAUCAUGUAAAGGAAAUUACUGCUAAGGAAGGGUUUAUUGUAACAGCUGAUGUUUUGUUCGAGCAAGGCUCGUACAAACAAUUGUAUGAUCAUUUGUCGAGUUACAAGCAUAAAGAAGAUGUAGAGAUAUUGUGGCGUUUGAGUAGGGUUUUGUACAAUUUGUCAAAAACGGCUAAUGAAUCGGAAGCCAAAAAAAUGAUUUUAGAAGCUUACGAGUAUAUACAAACUGCAAUUAGUAUCAAAGAGGAUCAUUAUGCUGUACAAAAGUGGAUGUCAAUAUUACUCGAUAGUAAAAGCUCUUUGGAAGGGAUGAAAUCAAGGAUACAACAAUUAUACAACGUUAAGAAACAUAUGCUUAGAGCAAUAGAAUUAAAUCCAAAGGAUGCUACCACUUUGUACAUGCUCGGCAAUUGGUGUUAUCAUGUAUCCGAUUUAGCAUGGUAUCAAAGAAAAAUUGCAUCCUUGGCAUUUGGAGAACCUCCUAGUUCAUCCUUCGAAGAGGCAUUAACGUAUUUUGAAAAGGCUGAAGAAACAAGUCCUAAUUUUUACAGUCUCAAUUUACUUAUGUUAGCAAAAACUUAUUUAAAAUUAGGUAGAAAAGAAGAUGCUUUAAAAUAUUUAAAAUUGACUACGGAAUAUCCAACCACAGAUCACGAGGAUGUUCAAUCUAAAAAAGAAGCUCAAGAAAUACUCAACGCUUUAUAAAGUUCUUCGACGUACUGUUUAUUUUUUAUUUUUUAUUUUUUGUUUAAGUAAUUUUAUUUGUAUUUUGUAAUUACAAAGAGACCAAGAGGGGGGAUCGUAUAAAUUAAGGGUUGUAUAAUAAUUCUUUGUUUACGUACGCACAAUAUAAAAAAUAUUUAUUUAUAGCUGAUAAAUAUUUAGUCAAGCUAAAACUUAAUAUUUUAUUAUAUUUCGAGUAUAUAUAAUAUAUGAACAAAAAGUAAUAUACUCAUUUACA